AUGGUGGUAUCUGUAAAGAGGGAUCUCUAUGGAAAUGGGCGACUGGUGAAAGCCUCAGAUCUGAGUCUGGGUCCCAGACAGUGUAUGCCAAGCUCCCAGAGUACAGCAACUUCUGUGAUCUUCCAGCAGGGGCUGCAGGACUGCGGCAAUACUCUACAGGUGAGCGGGUCUGAGAUCUGUAUUGUCAAGGUGUUACUGAACACCUAAAUAAAGUGCACAUCCCAUUACCAACAACACUGGUUGGUUAACUCAAUAAAGUGAGACUUGCCCUGAAGACAAAGUGACUAUAAAUAAAAUAUAUUCCAAUAUUGCAAAACUGAAAAAAUAAUCUGUCUUGGCCUUUGGAUUUAUUUUUUUUUUUUUUUUUUUAAGCAUUCUCACUUUAGUUUAGUACUCAAACCCACUGGUAUUUCUUUUAAAGAGCCCGUUAACCAUAUAGGCUGUUUAAGCCCAUCUGUAGAUGUUGGUUAAAAUGCUACCUUCUUGCGUCUGCUUGUUGGGUCACUGGCAACAAGGAUCUUUCAUGUGAUGUGCAGUAGGUAGAUGUAUUUAAAUUUGUCUGUGUAACAUAACUGGGGUCUCCAUGCUGGUUUACUAACUGGGGAAAAAAUUGUGGCAAAAGUGAUGUUUCUGGUAUUACUCCAUUGAACAGGAGUAUAAUGGAUUAUAGUGCCUCUCUGUGAAAUACUUUUGGUGUUUUAGGUAGACUGAAUCACCUGAUGGAAGUUGUGCAACCCCUUGAUGUUAAUGAAGCCAUGAGAUGUUAAGCCUUCAAUAUUAUAGAAACAUAGAAUGUGACGGCAGAUUAGAACCAUUCGGCCUAUCUAGCCUGCCCAAUUUUUCUAAAUACUUUCAUUAGUCCCUAGCCUUAUCUUAUAGUUAGGAUAGCCUUAUGCCUAUCCCACGCAUGCUUAAACUCCUUUACUGUGUUAACCUCUACCACUUCAGCUGGAAGGCUAUUCCAUGCAUCCACUACCCUCUCAGUAAAGUAAUACUUUUGGAUAUUAUUUUUAAACCUUUGUCCCUCUAAUUUAAGACUAUGUCCUCUUGUUGUUUUUAGUUUUUCUUCUUUUAAAUAUAAUUUAAAGGGACUCCCACUACAAAUCUGGGAAACACUACAGCAUACCUCCCGACACUUCACACUUACUAAUUCAACUAAAAUGUUACUUGUAACACAAUCUUAUUUAUUGACUGGUUUGUAACUUAACCUGUAGCCCUCAUACUAACUGAUAUGGCUUUGAGUGCUACAACAUUCAUGGUGUGAAUUCUCUCCCCAAGGAGACCUGAUGUAUGCUCAGCCAUCUGCAGCCCUCUGCUAUUUACAUAUGAUAAAAAGGUUUACUGCUAUACUGCUCCGGUAGACUUGACUAGGCCGGUCUUGUGUAUUAUUGGUAGAGGAGGUUUGUCUCUGCACGGUCUGAUCUCUCCCUUUAUGUUGACUUUAAGUGACAUUGAGGAGCCCAUGUCAAGAUCUAUAUUUAUCAGGAAGAACUGGGCAGAAGGUACGUCUCUUAACUCUACUCAUGCUAAUGGCAAGGUCUGACUAAGAGUUUGGGCCCAAACAAACUACAUAACUGUCCCUUUAAAAACCUCUGACACUUUAACCCUCUAAAUGCCACGUCUUAAAUCUGCCUAAGAGAGAGAGAUAUAGAGAUAUAUAUAUAUAUAUAUAUAUAUAUAUAUAUAUAUAUAUAUAUAUAUAUAUAUAUAUAUAUAUAUAUAUAUAUAUAUAUAUAUAAAAAAAUUUUUUUUUUUGAAGAUUAAUAACCGGUUCUCCUUUUAAACUUUUUAUUUUUUGGGUGCCUAACAUUUCAUAAUGCUUAUUAUAGCGUGUACUCCCCAGCAGCUAAUAUUGAAGGCUGAGCUUAAUGUGACUCAAAGUACAAAUAUUGAGUGUUUGUUUGGAGACUCGUAUUUUGGUUUAGUUUUUCUCCUGGAUUAACCUUGCUUUGUGGAGGUUGCAGCAAUUAUCUCAACUAUUUUGUUGGGGUUUUUUUUGGGGGGUGGGGUAAUUGAAUGUGAAAGUGGAAUUCUUGACACGAUCUGCAAUACUUGGUUGUAGCCAGUACACUGUGCCAUGACCUAACCUGCUAGUGUGAAUUCUCAAAAUAUGGAGAAUACUCCACUUUUUAUUCCUUGAGGGAAUUUUAUCAAUGUUGAUCCUUGUGUCUACAUAUUUGUUUGGUCCUGUUUUCACUUUGGUUUUUUUCACUUCCUUCUGUCUUGUGUAUUUUGUUGUGUGGGUUUUUAUUUUUUCUCAUAAACCUGGUCAAAAUGACUGCCUGGAAACUGGUUGAAAAUCUUGCCUUGUGUCUGCAGAUGACUUCUGACUGGCUUAUCUACAGCACAAACCUGACCUACAGUCCCACUCCUUCCAGGAACAGCCCCAUCAUUCGGACCAACUCUGCUGUGAUUCUCAUCCGGUGCUACUACCUCAGGUUAAUAUUGACCAUUUAUUUAAUUUAAAAAAAAAAAAAGUGGAAUGGAGCUUUGAUAUUUUUCAAUUUCCGGAUUGGUGACUUUAUUUAGUGUGAGGUCACCACAAGGGAAGGUGUGUGUGUGUUUUAAGCUCAUGGUGCUUCAUAUGCAAGGAGCCAACGUCUGCUGUACUAUAACAGUUGUCUCGCUAGCGAGGAAAUUAGACCUCCCCAUAGGAAAGCAUUGAGGCUGACUUAGUGCUGCAGUGUUUAACAUUGCAGCAAUAGGGACACUGUUCCCGGACCCCUUUAAUGAGCUGAAGUGGUCUGGGUGUCUACAGUGUGCGUUUUUAAGAAACAGAACACUGUCCAGCAUAGCAUAGAACAGCAACAAUUGGCAAAAACAUUUAACUCCUGAAUGUGUCAUUUCCAGGAAAACUCGUGUUCAGACAUUUUAAGGCUUCUAUGUAACUGGAAAUGAGAACUUGGUUACAAAAAUUGAGGGGGAUUAGUUUGCAACACUUAAAACUGUAAUAUAUUUAACUUGCUGUUGGCAUAUCAUAAGUGGUAUCUAACGUAUUCACUUUAUCACUGCAGACAUGGCAAUGUGAGCAGCAAUGCCAUCAAACCAACAUGGAUUCCCUUCAGCUCCACCAUAUCUGUAGAGGAACGUCUGUCCUUCUCGUUGAAGCUGAUGAAUGGUACUUAAAGGUUGGAUAUUACAGGUGCCUUCUGACUCAACUGUCACUUACCCUAUCUUCAUGUAUAACCUUCUAGAUGACUGGAGUGCCCCGCAGACCUCUACAGUGUUCACUUUAGGUGACAUCUUCCACAUAGAGGCUUCUGUGGACACCACAAACCAUGUGCCUAUGAAGAUCUUCGUUGACAGCUGUGUGGCGACAUUAUCCCCUGAUGCCACCUCCAGCCCUCGUUAUGAGAUCAUUACUCAGAAUGGGUAGGUAUUGCCACAUGUGGAUUUGUGGUAGCUGGUAAUACCCCUUCUAAACCAGUCUGUGCUUUGCAGGUGUUUGUUGGAUGGCAAACAGGAGGAUUCAUCCUCUGCCUUUAGAUCCCCGAGGCCCACACCAGACCGGCUCCAGUUCACAGUUGAUGCCUUCAGAUUUGUUGGAUCUGAUAACUCGAUGGUGAGACUGUCUAGCAGUUAAACCCAAAUCUCCACUAUUUGGAGUACUUCUGUAUAAAUAUCUUCUCUAAUCCUAGAUCUACAUCACCUGUAACCUGAGAGCUGUUGCAGAGAACCAGGUACCUGAUCCCAUGAACAAGGCCUGUUCCUUCAGCAAAUCCACCAACCUGUAAGCAUCCUCUAAGAUUUUGGGGAAAUGCUCUUCUGUAAGCAGGAUUUUUUAUUUAUUUAUUUUUUUUUUAAACAUUUGCUUUUCUUCUUAGAUGGACGGCUAUGGAAGGCACUAGUGGAAUAUGUAGCUGCUGUGAUAGUAUGACUUGUGCUACUGCAGGUCAGAGCAGGCGUUUUGGGUCUCUCUAUCCUGGCCACAGUAGAAUUGGCAAAAGAGAAGCUGAUCCUGGUAAGUUAAAUAAGCAUGUGGGAUCUUCAACCACCAAGAAACUAGACUUUGAUCAUGAUCAGUAGAAUAUUUAUUGUAACUCUAAAUCUCUCAUGUAAUCUAGUGAAACAUUGGUUACUGUGUAAAUGUGUGUAGACUAGUUCUGUCAAAUGUUUAACACUUUCACUCCACCUUUUUAGUGCAAGAACAUAAAGUGACCACACUGGGACCUCUGCUGGUGAUCAGCACAGAACAGAGCCAGGCCCGCACUGUUACUCCUUUAUCUAGUCUUGUGCAGCUAUGGGUGGUGGUGGCUUUUGUCUCUUUGAGUCUUGUCAUACUCACAAUUUUUGGCAUAGUUGGGAAGCGCCCCUUCAAACUACAUUGUCGGAAAGCAGGUUUGAAAUAA